CGAUGCACUCUGUAAUAAAGUAGUAUGCAAGUAGUAUGCAAGCAAACCAAGCCUAUUGUUUAUAUUCGCUUCAACAGCGUUUGCGAUUCAGUGAUGUUACUGCGCGCAUUUAGUCAUAAACAGUGUAUAGUUGCAUGAUGGACUCCGAGUUGCCGUGCAUUUCGUGGCAAUAUGACAUGCGCAGAAAGAAACAAGAAAUCAUUCCAAAUGUAUAUCUAGGACCAUACCAGGCAGCUGCAAAAUCUGAGCUUGAAAAUCUUCGAAAUGAUGGCAUCACUCAUAUUUUAUGUGUUCGGCAAGAUGUCGAAGCAAGAUGCGUAAAAGUCAACUUUCCAGAUAUAUUCAUAUAUAAAGUUAUAGAGUUCAGGGACCAUCCAUGUGAAAGUAUCAUAUCUAUAUUACCUGAAGCAAGAAAUUUUAUAAAUGAAUGUUUGCAAUCGAAAGGAAAGAUUCUUAUACAUGGUGUAAAUGGAAUGUCAAGAAGUGCCUCACUAGUCAUCGCUUACAUAAUGGAAACACGAUCAAUUUCCUAUGAAGAAGCAUUUGAAAUUGUUAAAAGAAGAAGGUUUUGUAUUGCUCCUAAUUAUGGAUUCAGAUCUCAGCUUCAGGAAUACGAACCAAUAUAUAAAGCACGGAAUAUGAGUAGUCAAUGGAUGGAAAAUACUUCUAAUACUGGGAAGAAAAGGAGAGUUUCAUCUGAAGAAUCAAGUUUUGAAAUGGAUUGAACAUUUUGU